UGUAUUUGUACUGACUGAGGCCAAAGAUUAGUGGCUUGCGAGCGCAAUGCAUUCUGGGGGUUGUAGUCUUGUCAGGCUACCAGCAUGUUAGCAUGUUUCCCUUUUACCCGGGACUUUGCAGGCUGCUUGUGAAGUGAGGAGAGAAGUGGUAGAUUCAACAAUCAACCAGGCUCUUCCAGUGUACCUCAGUCGGCAGACAUGAGUUCAUCUAGUAGCUCUCUGGAUGAUGAGGAUACCUUUAAGAUCCUGGUUGCUACUGACAUUCACCUGGGCUUUAUGGAGAAAGAUGCUGUGAGGGGAAAUGACAGUUUUUCGACUUUUGAUGAAAUCCUCCGGCUCGCUCAAGACAAUGAAGUUGACUUCUUACUUUUAGGUGGAGAUCUCUUUCAUGACAACAAACCCUCCAGAAGGACCCUCCACAUAUGCCUAGAGCAACUGAGAAAGUACUGCAUGGGCGAUCGACCCAUAGAGUUUGAGGUUCUUAGUGACCAGUCUGUUAAUUUUGGAUACAGCAAAUUUCCUUGGGUGAAUUACCAGGAUAACAAUCUGAACAUUUCUCUGCCAGUCUUCAGUGUGCAUGGAAACCAUGAUGACCCAACAGGGGCUGAUGCUCUUUGUGCUUUGGAUAUUUUAAGCUGUGCCGGGCUGGUGAAUCACUUUGGCCGUGCUACAUCUGUAGAAAAGAUAGACAUUAGCCCUGUGUUAUUGCAGAAGGGCCGCUCAAAGAUUGCCCUGUACGGACUCGGGUCCAUACCUGAUGAGCGCCUCUAUCGAAUGUUCGUUAAUAAACAAGUCAUGAUGCUGCGUCCUCGAGAGGAUGAGUCCAGCUGGUUUAACUUGUUUGUUAUCCAUCAGAACAGGAGCAAGCACGGGCCAACAAAUUACAUCCCGGAACAGUUUUUGGAUGAUUUCUUGGACCUGAUUAUUUGGGGUCACGAGCAUGAGUGCAAAAUCAAUCCAACAAGGAACGAACAGCAACUCUUCUACGUGUCUCAGCCAGGAAGUUCGGUGGCGACGUCUCUCUCUCCAGGGGAAGCAGAAAAAAAGCAUGUGGGUUUAUUGCGAAUUAAAGGCAAAAAAAUGAACAUGCAGAAGAUUCCCCUGCAGACAGUCCGCCAGUUCUUCAUUGAAGACCUUGUCUUAAGCGACUACCCUGAUAUAUUCAACCCAGACAAUCCUAAAGUAACGCAAGAGAUCGAGUCCUUUUGCAUCGAGAAGGUAGAAGCGAUGCUCGAUACUGCUGAGAGGGAACGUCUGGGAAAUGCGCGGCAGCCGGAUAAACCUUUGAUACGACUCCGGGUAGAUUACACGGGUGGUUUUGAGCCUUUCAACACUCUAAGGUUCAGUCAGAAGUUUGUUGAUCGGACUGCCAACCCCAAGGACAUUAUCCACUUCUUCAGACAUAAAGAGCAAAAGGAUAAGAAAGACAAUAUCACAAUUAAUUUUGGGAAACUUGACAGCAAGCCUUUGUUUGAGGGCUCUACGCUAAGAGUGGAAGACCUGGUGAAAGAGUACUUCAAAACUGCAGAGAAGAAUGUUCAGCUGUCUCUUUUAACAGAGAGAGGGAUGGGAGAAGCAGUUCAGGAAUUUGUGGAUAAGGAGGAAAAGGAUGCCCUUGAGGAACUGGUGAAAUUCCAGUUAGAGAAGACGCAGAGAUUUCUCAAGGAGCGGCAGAUUGACGCUGAGGAGGACAAGAUAGAUGAAGAGGUGCGGAAAUUCAGGGAGACAAGAAAGACUAACACAAACGAAGAAGAGGAAGAAGUUCGAGAGGCUAUGAUUCGGGCCAGAGCUCACAGAUCCCAGACGGCAGACAUUGACAUGAGUGAUGAUGAUGAACUAAUGAGAAAGGUGUCAGGCCCAUUGUCUGAUGAUGAGGAUAUUGGCGCAUCAAUGCCAGCACGCGGCAGGGGAAGAGGCCGUGGCCGGGGAGGCAGAGGACAGACUACAACCACGAGAGGAACUUCUAGACGGGGAAGAGGAAGUGCUGGCGCUGAUCAGCCCUCGAGCGGGAGAGCAUCCAAAGCUGCCGGAAAGAACAUGUCCAUCUUAGAUGCCUUUAAACCCUCAUCAAGACAACCCACAGCGAGAAAUAUGCCCAAGAAGACUUAUUCUGAGGACAUUGAGGACGAUGACUCGGAUAUCGAAGAGGUAUCUUUUACUCCUUCUUCCUUCGUAGAAAGUCGCAGAACCUCUAGCACUUCAACAUCAUACAGCCGGAAGAGUUCACAGAGCCAGGCUGCAAAAGGGCACUUCCUGGACGACGAUGAUGAUGAGGAUGAAUUUGACCCUUUCAAGAAAAGUGCGCCUUCCAGAAGGGGCCGCAGAUAGAUAGGAUUGGUGACAUACACGGAAUGUUCAACCUUCAGCCCUGUAGGUGGCGCUGUUCUGUGUGAGACUACAGACUGGCUAUCAGCAGGGCCACAGCCUGCACUUCUCUGACUUAUAUACUGACCCCCGCAGCCUGCACUUCUCUGACUUAUAUACUGACCCAGCCCAGGAUGGGACGGUUCAUGGCUGUAAUAAUAUUAAUUAUCUUGCUAAGUAUAUACCAAACGUCUAACAAUUAUUAGCAGAUAUAUGUCUGUCAUUCCUGUUAGGGAAAUAUCCUCUUUCCUCUCUAGCCAACCCUAAAACUGGCCCUGUUAGCCAAGGUUGCACUUUUUACUUUAGGGUAAGAAGUCCUUAGUGAGUUUAUUAAAGGGGUUGUUCAACUUGUGAAGUACGAUGUAAAGAGUAAUAUUCUGAGACAAUGUCCAAUUGCUCUUCAUUUUUAUUAUUUGUAGUUUUUAGUUAUUUCACUUUUUGUUCUGCAGCUCUCCAGUUUUGAGUUUCAGCACCUAUCUGGUUGCUAGGGUCAACAUUACCUUAGCAACCAGGCAUUGGUUUGAAUGGGAGACUGGAAUAUGAAUAGGAUAGGGACUGAAUAGAAAGAUAAAGAAUUAAAAGUAACAAUAGCAAUAAAACUGUAGAGAAAAAGUUUUUUGGCUGCUGGGGUCAGUGACCCCCAUUUGAGAGCUGGAAAGAGUCAGAAGAGGAAGGCAAAUACAAAAAGAAAGAAAUAAUGAAGACCAAUUGAAAGUUAUUUCGAAUUGCCCAUUCUAUGGUAUAAUAAAAGGUGAACCACCCCCUUAAGGUAUACAGUAAAUCUGGAAGCUGACUGCAUGACUACAUACAUGUACCACAUGACUACAUACAUGUACCACAUGACUACAUACAUGUACCACAUGACUACAUACAUGAAACAUAAAUCAGUAGAAGCGGAGAGGGUAAGCCAACCUGUUCCAGAUACAUGGGCCCAGUACAGUUGCUUGGCGGCUAUAAUAUAAUAUAUAUAAUAAUAAUUGCACAGUGUGAGUACACUGCCGUCCAUUGAAGCAGAUGACAGUAAGUACCUUCCACUCUGUCUGAUUAAAAGAAGACACAUAGAUAUGUACUGUGAAUUACUUGCAAAAAAAAAUGAUUUCAUUAAAAGUUAUUUGUUUCUUUUUUUAA